AAAAAUAAAUAAAUAUCUCAGUCAUGCUAAAAUAUCAUUAAAUUGUCUGUUGCACAAACAGUCAUCCUUUUUUUUUAUUUCUAGCGUCACCUAUUCCCCAAACGCCUCAUCUUGACAUACUGUGCUAUUGUGAAGAUGAGUCACUUUGUGCCACUCAGCCUAUGCCAUGAUGGAUGUAAUGACAGUUUAAAACUGUCGUGCUGAAGGGGACGAGAGAUCAAGCUGUACUGUCACCAUGACCCCCAGCUGUCUGCACGGUUCAUUUAUUUUGUGUAUGUAAGGUAUCAGUUAGUAUGAGUUCCUUGUUCAAGCCAUGGCUGAUGAAAUAGUAAACUUUUUUUUCUUUACAUCUGUUUGGCUAAAUGUCAGACUCUGCUCAGCUUUGUUCUUUCAGACAUGUCUCAGCUGUACUUACACUUAUCUGCAGUUUUAGCUGAGGCUUAAAUUGGCUGAAACGUCUUUAUAGAUGUUUCAUUAUAAAGAACUACCUGCAGUCAUUUUUGCAGGGCAAACAGCCCUCUGUAAUUACAUGUGAUGAAGAAGAUUUUGUUUUAAGGCUCCUACCCUUUCACUCUCUCUCUCUCUCACCAUUUCAAAAAGCAAACCAACCACUGUCCCCUCACCUCACUAUGCCCCCACCAUCCCCAGUAAUGGUGGUCUAUAACUGUGCUUUCAUCUCAGACCUGCAGAGAACAGAACAGUUGCUGGUCGCUGAUCAACAGGGACUAUACCUUUUAAACUCUACUUUACAAAGCAAAGAGCACAACACAGGUAGGAGAAGCUUUUUAUACAGGUAUUAGCUUUUCUGUUACUUUUCAGUCUUGAGUUGUCCUUUAUGUAUCAAAGAACAAAGGCUGCAAUAAAAUACUUGAUAGAAAAUGUUAAAUUAUGCACAUAUUCAAAAAUUUAAAAAUGUUUCUUCAGAUCUUUUAUUAGAAAAAGACUGCAAUGAAAUUAGCUGAGUUACAACUUCUUUGUACUACUAUUACAACCGUAUGUUUCCAGCUUUGAUUUGUGGUGAUGAUCAUGGAAUCAGCAGCUGAUCUUGGUCCAGACUGUGGCUCUUUAUGCAACAAGUCCACCGUUCUCGGGGGCCAGGGGCCACCGGUGUUAGUCGAUGCCUGGCUGGUCCCCACUUUCUUCGGCCUCAUCAUGCUGGUCGGCCUGGUCGGGAACUCUCUGGUCAUCCAUGUGGUCACCAAACACCAGCAGAUGAAGACCGUCACCAACUUUUACAUAGUGAAUUUGGCUACGACUGAUAUUUUGUUCCUGGUCUGCUGUGUGCCCUUCACUGCCACCCUGUACCCGCUGCCCAGCUGGAUCUUUGGGGAGUUUAUGUGCCGACUGGUGAACUACCUUCAGCAAGUGACAGCUCAGGCGACGUGUAUCACUCUUUCAGCCAUGAGUGUGGAUCGCUGCUACGUGACCCUCUAUCCCCUGCAGUCACUACGACACAGAACCCCACGCAUGGCUUUGGCCAUCUCUGUGUCUAUCUGGAUAGGAGCCUUGCUGCUGUCCAUCCCUGUUGCUGUGUACCAGCGUCUGGAGGACGGAUACUGGUUCGGUCCUCAGACUUAUUGCAGUGAGGUCUUCCCCUCCGCCCAUCUCCAGAGAGCCUUCAUCAUCUACAGCUUCCUCGCUGUGUACCUGCUGCCCCUGCUCACCAUCACCGCCUGCUAUGCCUUCAUGUUGAAGCGCAUGGGGCAGCCAAGCGUCAAUCCCAUCGACAGCAGCUACCAACUGCAGGCUCAGGCAGAGCGAGCAGCAGCAGUGAGGGCAAGGGUCUCCAGGAUGGUGGUGGUGAUGGUGGCCCUGUUCCUCAUCUGCUGGGGGCCAAUCCAGAUCUGCAUCCUCCUGCAAGCUUUUGGCCUCCGCAGCUACGUUUUAUACAAGUUGAAGAUUUGGGGUCACUGCAUGUCUUACUCCAACUCCUCCGUCAACCCUGUGGUUUACGCCUUCAUGGGAAACAACUUCAGAAAGGCCUUCAAGCAAGCCUUUCCCGCUGUGUUUCUGUGGCGCUCAAGAGGACGCGUGAGGGUGGGAAACAUGGACACAGAGGACGGAGGAGAGAUCGAUCACCAGGCACCCAAAGGAGAAGCAGAGAUGCACUUUCUUUCAUCCGAGUCCUAAAGGUCACGCUCUGCAUUUGGACACUGGGCACAUUGUUCAUUUAUUUAUAGUCUGUUUGUUCUGGAGAUGAGAGAGUCAAACCCAGUGUAUGUGCAUGGUACACAUAAACACACACACACACACACACACACACACACACACACACACACACACACACACACACACACACACACACUGAGGAUCAUGUGAUCUCUUACAAAGGACAAACCAGCCAGGUGCCUCUUGUGACAUCCACAAGCUUCUCAAACACAAUUAUCUUUGUCACAUUUUUUCUGUUAACCUGCACCAGUUCACUGAAUGUAAAAAUGUUUGAGCUCCUGGUUUUCUUGCUAAAGCAAAUAAGCAACUGCAUCUUUUAUUGUUUAAUGUGAAAAAGAAAAAACCUCUUUGACCAGCUAAAAAAAAAUAUAUAUCACUAAAUGUUUUUGGUCCAAUGGUGUCCACUUUGUGUCUUUUCAUAGCACUCAACGACUCACUUUUUACUUAUUUGUCAACUGAUCUGUAAUGGUUAAUAGCUAAAAGAUCCACAGAAAAUGAUUUGGCAGGAAUGGCACUUUUUAAUCCAUAACAUAUGGACUUUUAGGCUUUAGGCCAAUCAAUUGUGAUGAUAAAUGUGCAAAAUAAAUAGUUUUAAGGUGUCACGUUGG